AUGAUGAUAAAUGCUCUCGGGAAUGCGAUAUGGAUGUCCGUCGUCCAAUGGGACCAAUAUAAUACUGUGAUCGUCUGGACCUGCCCCGGCGACCUUCUCCGUUUCUCGUCUGUCCAAGUUACUGGUGCGUCCCCGCCCCCGCAGUUUCAUUUCCUGCCCCUGUGUUCCCGCGUCGCCUUCUUUUGCCUUGAUGUCGAAUCGGCUCUGCCGGAUGAGCGUCGCCAGUACGCUUGCUUCUCCUGUUCCGUCAUCUGGUUCCAUGCACGUGCCACAGCGUCGAAUGGUGACAUUACACACGCCGGUCCCGAGCGAACAGUGUUACGUGAGACGUUCACAAAAUCGUUCAUCGUCAUCGUCGAGAUAUUGGCCCGUCCUUAUAUGCUUUACGGAGUCGCACCUUCGGGCGGUGCAUUCGAGGACCCCAUUGUAUCAAUUACGACCAAGAAUCAUGGACCGCACGAAGCAAGAAAGCGACACGCGCUAUGUAGCUUCUAUCUCGGACAUGAACUCUGCAACGCAGCAUGUCACGGACACCCGAUGUUUCAGCCAGUUUUGAGAGUCGUGGAUCAAGGCAUGUCUGGGAAACCUGUCAAAUUCUAUUAG